AUGGGGAACUCAAAGUCUACUUCGUCGUUUGCUAAUGAAUCUGAGUAUGCGUAUCAACCAGCUCGAGCCACUGAUUCACGUUCACCAUGUCCUGCACUCAAUGCUCUCGCUAAUCAUGGAUAUUUACCACGAGACGGUAAAAAUAUUCCACCAGAAGUCCUACAGCGUGUUUUACAAGAAAAAAUGGGUUUAAGUUGGAUAGCCACGAAGACGAUUCUUCGACAGGCUUAUAAAACUGUGGGUCAUGAUGGUGUACUUUCUCUUUCGGAUCUCUGCUAUCAUGCACCUGAAAGUAUUGAACAUGACGGUUCACUGAGUCGACUCGAUGCGUAUCUGUCGAAUAAUAAACAAGGCACAUUCAACCAAGAGCGUUUCAACAAAUUUUUAUCCUUCUCUAAAGAUGGAAAAUAUCUCACGACUGAAGACGUCGCUGCUGCUCGUCUAUACUUUAAAGCUGACAGCCGUGCAAACAAUCCGCAAUUUAUAUGGAAUAAAGACAUCGAAGAAGCAAUGUGGACAGAAGCGUCAAUACUAUUACAUAUACUGGGAAAACAUGGACAAAUUCUCAUUGAAGAUGCGAGAUUAUUUUUCGAACAAGAGACAUUUCCACAGGGUUGGCAAAAACAUCCAUCGUUCGGUGUGCGUGAACGAUACUCAGCAGUAAGAGCGUUGAAAAGUGCAGCACGAAGAUUAGAAAAAUAG